GCGGCAUACACACCUGGGAGAGACCCGGACCCGGAGGUUGGCGGAGUGCAGGCAAAGCACAGCAGAGCACACUGAACGAACAACGACGUAUCGUGCAGGCAACCAACCAGCGUUUUGGAGGAGACUUAGUAGCCGUGUCAGCGCAACUCAACUCAUUAGUGACCGAGCGUACGUGCAGGGCGACGGUUGGUUCUUCCUUCCCUGAGGGAACUUCCCUUCCGAGCGAAAAAAAAAACUCAAGCCCCGGGAAGGCACGAUUCUGGUGUUCAGUUAUAACAAGUGUGCAAAACUCAGCAGAACUCUUCGGUGCACAGAAGAACAGAUCUCGAAAGUUUUUGAUUUAUGGAAAUAGAAGUUAGAUCAUCGAAGCAGGCCAAGAUAUUGCGUACCGUUGCGCUUCGUUUGACGAAAAAUAAACGUGUCGAUGAUAACAAAACAUAACAUCCCAAAAAACAGGAACAAACAACACGCCUACGCAGUAAAGAUAAGAUCCGUUGAAGAACACUUACUCCGGGUCGGUCCCUAUCUAUCUGUCUUCGGUGUUCGGUGUUCCGCGCGAUAGAGAUCCGACAACAAACGACCAUCAAAAAAGUGCUCGGUGAUGAUCACACACAGUCGGCGGUGACAUUUUUUCCAGAACAUUUCGCGAGUGUUUCCUCCAAACCAGUGCAGCCGCCGCCUACUGGUGAGCUGCGAUGAAAAAGUGCUGAAAACGGCGGAAAAAUAAAAGUUUGCUCGAUCAACAAUCACCGGAGCCACCCGGCAACAGUUUUUCGCCGUAUAGCUGGAAGUGCAAAGUCGAACCCGGGGACGAUGGUUUCAAGUCUCGGGGCGGUGGCGGCGACAUCAGCCAACGACAGGUCGAUCACCACCAUGGCCCCAGCACAUCAACAGCCAUGCCCGGAGCAGCUCCGGCUCCCACGGCGUCCGCCCUCGAGGACAGCUGGUUCUGGGACCCGGAGCAGAACGUCUCAUCCACAUCGUCCUCGUCCAAAAAGGACGACGACAACGACUCGCCCCGGUCCGGGACGGAUCUUACCACGAUUCCCCUGGAAGCGCCGGCAUCCGAGGGCGAGAUCAUCGAGCGGCUGCACCGUCAGCUCGGCGACAUUCGCCAUCAGCUGAAGAAGCAACAGCUGGAGAAUGCUCUUCUGAACGAAAAGCUCACGCAGGUUAGUAACGAAAAUCGGGAAUUGAACGAGAAUAUCGAGGAACUCGAUCGACAGCAUGAAGUGGUGGUAGAGAACCUGUUGACCGCCAAGAAGGGACUGCUGGAGAAAUGCAACCGACUGGAGGAGGAUUUAAGGGUAAUGCAUGGCGAAGCCGCUGUGACGAAGGAGCUAGAUGAGCUCAAAGUCAGAUACAACAAACUGGAGCAAAGCUAUGUAGGAUCGUGCCAGGAAAGCGUUCGACUGAAGGCCGAACUGGAGAAGGUUGUCGUUGAAAACGUAGAAACCGUAGCGGCAUUGGAAAGGAAACUAGAAGAUCUACAACAGAAGUUGGAUCAAUCAGAGCAACGGCUCCGAACGGAGACGAUGGAAGCUCAACAGCGAGCCAACGUCGCCGUCACGGAAACGAUAGAACUGGAACAGUUCCUGGCGGCGCUAAAAGACGACAACGAGUACAUCAAAACCGAACUGGAAGAAACCCGGACCCGGUGUGAGCAGCUCGAGUCGGAAAACAUCCACCAGAAAGCCGAGCUAGACGAACUGAGGCAGAAAGCCGAAGAGGAAGCCUUCGUGGCAUUGGCGCCUAAGGAGGACGACCAAGCGGAGAUCGAAGAGCUGCGCCGGACGAUCGAACAGCUGCGAUCGGAAUCGGACCGAUGGAAAACCGAUUGCGACCGGCUCCAGGAGGAUAAUCUUGCUUUGCAGAAGCUCGAGAAGAACCUCCAGGCGCAACUUGGCGAACAGAAGCAACUGCUCAAGCGAUCCGAACAACAAACUCUCCACGAAGCGCAAAUUCAGCAGCUACAGCAAGAAGUAAGCGAACUGCAGAAUGAGCUCAAGAGCGUCAUCAUCGACAACUCGGUACAACUGGACGCCAAGGAAAGAGAAUGGCAGGACAAGCUCAACUUCCUGAAAGCGGAGAACAACCGCAUCCAGCACGGCAAGGAUACGCUCGAAGCCGACCUGCUGGAGUACGAGAAGGAGUGCUCCAAUCUGAUGAAGAACAACGACGUGCUGAUUGCGGAGAUCGACCAGCUGAAGUGCAAGAAGCUUGAGACGAUCAACGAGAAUGCCGAGGACAGCAUCGUGAUCCUGGAGAAGCAACUGGAGGAUUGCAGCCGGUUGAACAAAAGUCUGGACGAUGAGUACAAGGAGAUGAACAAGAAACUCGAGGAGGUUCUCGAGGAGCGGGAAGAACUCGAGAUGAAGGUUGAAAGCUUACAGAAAGCGUUGGACGAAAAGAGUAAAACUGUGAAGGAUCUUCAGCUGUCGGUGGAAACACUGGAAAGCGAAAAGAGCAGUCUACUGUUUGAGAUUAACGAGACACAAUCGCGGGAACCGCCUUCAGAGCUAUCCAGCGAACUCGAGAAGUACAAGUCGAAAACGGAGAGUCUGCAAGCGCAGCUGACCACCAUCAACGAGGAUCACGCGAGUCUGGUGUUGAAGUUGCAGCAACUGCAGCAGAAGUCGGUGGAGAAUGUGAAGACAUCGGAGGGCAGGAUAGCCGAGCUGGGCAAGUCGCUGGAGGCGAAGGAAGCUGUGAUCGUGCAACUACAACAGGAGUUGGAGCGGCGAAGUGAAGAGGUGGAAACGUUGAAAAUUACCAGUGAGAACGAAGUUCAAGAGGAGUUGAAAGUUUUGCGGGAGCGAUUGGAAGCUGAGUCGACGAAGUCUACGGCGUUGGCCGUGGAGAAAGAUGAGCUUGAACAACAGUUGACGAGGAAGCUGGAGGAGAUGGAUGAGAUGAACCGUGUGAAGCAGGCAGAACUCAGCCAAACGGUCGAAACGCUGACCCAACAGAAGGAUAAUCUGGUUCAGCUGAUCACCGCCAAGCACAACGAGAAUGUCCAAUACCACGGGGAGAUUCAACGGCUCAGUCAACUACUACAAGCAGAGCUUGCAGCAAAGACAGAAGCCAAAGCACCUGCGGAAUGUACAGAUUGUCCAACUCUACGAGAGAAGCUCGCAUCCCUCGAGCAGCAAACCAAGAAGCUGGAAGACUUCGACAAGAUGGCCGAUCAGAUCCAAUUCCUGCGGGAAAAGUCCGAAAUUCUCACAAACAACCUGCUGAUCGAGCAGAACAACCAGAAGGUGCUGCAGCAGGAGAAGCAGGAGGCGAUCGAGCAGAAGAACAACCUGGCCAAAGACUUGGACCGGCUGCGGCAGCACUUGCUGGAAACGGAGGAAGCUCACACCCAGGAAACGGUCGAACUGCAGCAGCGCUACGAGGAAACCAAGCGGAAGCUGCAAGCCCUGGAGGAUGACGUGAAGAAGUCGACCAAUGCGCUUACGUCGGCGAGCAUUCGGGCCAAUCAGCACGCCGAAACGCUGCAGGCGCAGUAUCACCUGUUGCAGCAGCAGCGGGACGAGCUGGUGGCGAAGCUGAACACGGCCGACGACCGCGACCACAAGAAUCAGGCCUCGCUGACGAAUCUGCAGUGCGCGCUGGAGCAGUUCCAGAUAAAUCGCGAUCGGGACAUCGAACUGGCCACGGCCACCAUCCGCCGGGAGCUGGAACAGGCCCAAACCCGGGAAGCGAACCUUCGGGCGGAGAUCCGCCAGCUGCAGCAACAACUAGCCGAUGCCAAGAAUGGCCUACUGGCAGCAGCUCGCAUUUCCGACCAGCUGGAGAUCGCCCAAGUUACCGUCGCUUCGCUCAAGGAAGAAUUGGCGAAGAGCAACGAAAAGUACGAAACCCUCGAGGGUCGUCUCCAGGCCACCGAAGCUAGUCAGGCGGACAAGGUCGAGAAGUCGUUGGUCAAAAAUCUGGUCAUUGGGUACGUCGUGGCCCCCAAUCAGAACGACAAGCACCAGAUUCUGAAGCUCAUCUCGGCCGUGCUCACCAUGGACCAGGCUGAGUGCAUCAAGGUCGGACUGAACCGGACCGGCGGCGGUUGGUUCAACAGCAUUUUGGGCAGUGGAAGUGCUCCGUCUACUCCGGGAGCCAACUACAACAAGGAAAGCCUGACGGAGGCGUUCGUCAAGUUCCUGGAAAAGGAAUCGGCACCCCGACCGCCGGGAACCGCCGGUGGAGGCCUCCUGAACAUAAUGGCCCAUCCAAGUCACUCGCAGCAGUCCGCACCGACGACGGCCUCCCGGACCGCCACGCCAACCCCACAGCAAGCUCCAACCGUAGAUCAAAAUCAGAAUCCGGCGUCGGCGACGGCGCAGGCCGCGACUGCAUCUGCACCUGCACCGGUUCCGGUGAAACCGAUUGUACUCGGGGAGUUCCUGAAGCAGUCGACGACGACCUUCCAGGCGCCGCGCAGUUCCAGCUCGAUACUGAAGGACAUCCUCAGCGAUUCCUGAUUCGAGCUGUAAGGGACGAGACGUGACUACGUCCCGGAAUGUCGGAGUACUGCAUUGAGGUAGGUCCCCUACUUGACACCGUAGACCGGCGGUUGUGUAUAUAUAACCUUUAUGGACCUUUUUGUCUGUUUUGUUCGACCUAAUUUUUACUCUUUGUGCAAUUGAGAAGAGAUGUACUAGAUGUAACAUGCAUUGUCAUAUAGAUCUAUAUCUAUUAAUGUAAGACUGGCUUUUCAAUAUGUGUACAGCCCAAUUUGAAGCAGAUAGCACGCGUUUAGCUAAUAUAAUCAAACGAAUGUA